GUGAGCCAAGGCGCGGGUGCAACACGCCAUCAUUUAUACUCUUUGGUCCUCAGUCUACUGCUACCUUGAUCAGCAGAUAUGUCCAUGUUCAAGAAAUUCUUCAACAGUAUCAUUCGUGACAGAGACCCUGAGGAGGACACUGUCACUGUGAAGGGGAAGCCCAAACCCAAGUUCUAUGGGACUGUGGCAGCGUACCCAAACUUUCACGCCAGCAGUGACGCUUCUGUCCUGCAGAGUGCCAUUGAAAGUAAAGGAGUGGAUGAAGACGUGAUCAUUUCAGUCCUGGUAAAGAGAAACAAUGAGCAGAGACAGAAGAUCAAAGCAGUUUAUGAGGCGGCAACUGGUGAGGACCUGACUCAGGCUCUAAAGUCUGCUUUUAGAUUUGAUUUGGAAGAUGUCACCCUGGCUUUGCUGAUGCCACCGGCACACUAUGAUGCCUUCCUGAUCAGAGAGGCCACCAAGCGCUGGGGCACUGAUGAAGAUGUCCUUGUGGAGGUUCUGGCAACACGGUCAAACCAGCAGAUCGAAGAGUUGAAGCAAGUGUAUGAACAAGUGUAUGGUGUGACGCUGGAGGAGGUGAUCCGCGAUGAAACCAGCGGAGACUUCGCCACAGCACUGCUGGCAAUGCUGAAGGCCAACAAGGACGAGUGCCACGACGUGGACUUGGAACAGGCUCGGAAGGAUGCACAUACUCUUUUUGAAGCCGGCGAGGAUUCAGACGGAAUCGACGUCAACGUGUUCAUCGACAUCCUGACCAGGCGCAGUGGACCACAGCUCUCUAAAACUUUCCAGAGCUAUGCCUGCAUCAGCGACGUCACGCUGCCCAAAGCCCUGGACAUGGAGCUGCGGGGGGACAUCGAAGACUGCAUGAUCGAUAUUGUGAAAUGUGCCUGGAACACACCAGCGUUCUUCGCUGAGAAGCUUCACAAGGCUAUGGAGCGCCAUGGCACAUGUGAGGAGACUCUCAUCCGUGUGCUGGUGAGCCGCUCGGAGGUGGACCUGAAGAAGAUCGUGGAGGAAUACCGGGCCAUGUACGACAUCUCCCUGCAGGAGCAAAUUGAGCACGACACAGAGGGACACUAUCAGGCUGUGUUACUUGGACUGUGCGGGCCCCACUGAGGCUUCCUCAUGCGACAACAAGCAGAAACAGAAUUGCAUCAGAUAGCACAAGCAGUGUAUCUUUAUACAUGGAAGCAUGAGCAGAGAAACUGCUGUUCCAGAUGAAAAAUGUUUCUGUUAAAUUAACAAAGUGUUUGAAUAAAUCAAUGGCAUUUGAUUUUGUUUUCACAUCUGUGUAUAAGGUCAAGGGUCAAGUAAAUAAUGGCCAACAAU